CUUUAAAUCUCUUUCUCCUCAAGCGCCAAAAACAUGAUCUCUCUCACUACACUUUUCUCUCUCUAUACACUCACUCACCACUCUCAUAUGUCAUCACUUUGAAGUUUUUCUUCACCGAUCAAAAAUUCAUCUGAUAAAUGGGAAAUGCCAUUCAACCUGUAUCUGCUGCUUUGGAGGAAGGGAAAGAUGAACUUAAUCUAACUAACAACCCAAGUGCAGCUAAUCUAACUAACAACCCAAGUGGAGCUGAUGGUGGGAGCUGGACUCAUGGCGCUUGUAGUUAUGAAGAGGAAAAUAUGUCUCUCCCAUUUAAUUCACUAGGCUAUGAUCAGUUUUCUGGACAUGAUAUACAAGAGGAUUGUCACUCUUACAAUCCUAAUCUGAAUUGCACAGCAGAUCCUAAGGUAGAUAAAAACUGGACUGACAUGUCUGAGUCCUGCACAAAAUAUGAAAUGCUGCCUCCAGAACUGAGCAUGAGAGGAGAUGGUGCAGAUUGUCUGACGACCUCAGCUGUCACUUCCAUGGACUGUGGUGAAUUAGACAUGAACCUCUCCCCACCAAUGUGCGAGACUGGAGCAGGUUAUCCAAUAAAGAAUUAUGGAGCAGAAGCUCAAAGUAGUAGAAUUAGUAGGUUCCAGAUGAGUGGACAGUUCUCUUCUUCAAGCACAUCUUUGUUGCCACUCGUGGAAAAUUUUGGUGCAAGAGGAAAUAAAAAUGAUCAGGGUUUUCUUACUCUUGGAACUGGAGGUGGCAGAGAGUUCAGACCAAAUAGGAAUUUCAGUAUCCGAGAAAUUUCCAAUACAUUGAAGGAGGUCUCUUCCCAAUGUAACAAUCCUAUUACCGGACCCCACCAAAAGAACCUCACUACUCAAUUGGCAAGUGCGGAUGCUAGGAUCCUUACUCAUGCUGGCGGGUUUUCAAGAUCUAACAGUACUUCCUAUGCCCCAAGGUUUCCAAGUGAAGAUCAGGAGGUUUCUUCUCGAUUUAAUGAUUCUAAUGUUAAAAACUUCCCAAAGAAUGCCUCAAGUCUUGCUCGCCUGUCCGGUGGGGAUGCAGGGAUCCAAACUAGUGCUGGUGAACUUGAAGGGUUUGCUAAGGACCUGUUGAACAUUGCUCAUUUGGAAGGUGAGGCUGCAACUGUGCAACUGCAAACUAAUGCUGGUGGAUUAUCAAGAUUGACACAUAGUAGGAUGCCCACAAGUAUUGAAGAUAGGAUUAUUGGAGAAACAGGGUUCAGGCUGAAUUCCAAUCCAUUCCCCAGUCUUCACACUCUGCAAACUAAUACACCUACUACGGCCCCAUCAAAAAGUUAUACAUCGGUGUGUCAGCCAUCUUCUAUACCAUUGUCAUCUGGAAGCACUUUACCAUCUCAACCUAAAUGUGGUUCAAAGCCACAAAUAAUGUCCACACAUUUGGCAUGUCAACCUAUAUCAUGGCAACAGGAUCACUCUAGGAAGAAUUCCAUUAAUGUGCCAUCCAUAGAUUCCCGACAUUACAAUUUGGACAGGGACAAACUGAGAUCCACCAGCCAUGUACAACCUGCUUUCCUUUUGUUGAUAGGAAAUCUUAACCCCGCAGUAGAAGGUACAAGAACAGGAGCUGCCAAAAUUGGUUCUUUCACAUCAAGUGUUCAACCAGCAGGACAGUUUCAUGCUUUUCAUAAUAUCAGUCCUAUUGAAGCACCUAGGACCUAUAUUUCCCCUGACAUAAUCAGGCUUCAGUUUUCAAAAGGUAGCAGUUACCAGUCUGAUGUGGCUGCUUGUUUUCCUGAGAGGUUGGGUUUUCAACCUGAUUUUGCUACUGCUCAACACACAAGAGGUCCGUAUCAGCAUGGGAUGUCAACCCAAUCAUCUGCAGUCUCUCCUGAAAUCGAUAAUUCUGAUGGUCAGGUUGUUCCAGUUACAAAACUAAAUAUUACGCCUCAGGUUGCUCCUAUUAUUCUUCCUCAUCCACCUUUGAAAAGAAAAGCAGCUGCAAAUCCCAUUGCACCCUCAGGUCAACGGAGGAAAAAGAUUCCACAAUCUGCUAUUAGUGAUUCUCUUCCUCAACAAAGGCAGAACACUCCAGCUAUUACAGCUCCUAUUCAUAUUCCAACUGCACCUCUUCAAGUAGAAUGGGAAGGUUUUGAAGAACCACUUGAACCAACUGGACACAGGUGUCUCUUGUGCAAGAGGGAUCUUUCAUUUACAGCAGAAGGCUUAAUGUACCAGCCCACAGCUCCGCCACCCGUUGCUGUUCUUCCGUGUGGCCACACUUUUCACGACUGUUGCUUGCAAUUAAUCACUCCUGAAGACCAGUUGAAAAUUCCUCCUUGCAUUCCUUGUGUCGUUGGUGACACCUAAUCACUUUUGCUGAUCAUAUUCUGGCUAAUAUCUUAAAACUUUUGUGGUAAAGUGUAAUUAGAAAUAGAAAAAGGAAGGGAAGAAAAAUAGGAAUUAUUUUGUUGGUGAUGGAGGUAGGGGGUGGGCGUAGUUGAUGGAAGUGUACAUAGAUAGGGUUCCUAACUCCCACAAUGAUGGUUAGGAUACCUUUUCUUUUUGUCAACGGGUUUAUGUUGCUAAUUGGGAUUUUGCUAUUACCAGAUUAUAUGUACAUAUGGUGUACGGAGGAGCUUCCAACAAACUCAUUUUGUCA